AUGGCCUCCGCCGCCCCUGCCGGCGCCGCCGGCGCCGCGCCAUCCAACCCCCUGCUCGCCAUCCCUCACGGCUCCGUCGCCGCGGCGUCCGUCAUAUCCGCCGCCUUCCUGCUCCUCGCGCUGCCCGUGGCCUACAGCCUGCGCCGCACCCGCUUCCGCAUCUACCUCCUCCUCCUCGCAUCUGUCGUGCUCCGCGGCGUCGCGUUCGCGUUGCACGCUGCAGCACAGGCGCCCGGCCUCGACAGGGCCGGCGCGGGCGGGCGGGAGGCCGGCUUUCAUGCGCUGCGGGCGGCCGGUUUUGGCAUGGCCAUUGGCGUGUGCGCCCUCGUGCUCGUCACCUGGUUCAAGAACGCGGCGCCAUGGGCGAAGCCCUUCGGCCCGCGCGUCGCCGCGGCGGCGGGGGUGCUUGCGCGCGCCCUGGUGCCUAUCGUCAUCAUAUCUGGCCCCAUCCUGGGCGCAAUCUUCGCAGGCUUCCUUUACGGUGCCCCCAAAGAAGGCCAGUGGCUGGUUGCCCUGAAUGGCGUCCGCUACGCCUCCACCUGGGCCCUCACGGCCGCCGUCAUCGCCGUCGUCCUGCUCGCCGCCUUCGCCGCGGCCUGCGUAUUUAUCGGCGCGCGCCGCCGGCAGGUCGAGGGCGGCGCGCCCAGCGGCGCGCCUGAAACCGUGUGGCACGACGUCCACUCCCAGAUACUGCUGCUCCUGGCGGCGGCUCUGGUGCUGGUCGUGCCGGCGGCGCAGCGCGUCGACUCCCUUUACAACGCUGACGCCCUCCUUGAUGAGGGCCACUUCUAUGGCAUGAGCCCUGUGCCAGAGCUUGUCAGCGUUGCCCUGCUGGCCACCCCCUUCGUGAUGGGCCGCAUGGCCAUGGCCUACAACUGGGAAGCAUACAUGCAAGGCCGUGCCAGCGGCGCAAAGGACGGCAAAGAGUACUCUGGGGACCAGGCAGUUGUCACCGCCGACAGUUACUAA